UGGACAAGUAUGCGAUGUGUUAUGGAAGGUGCAUUGUGGAAAAAAUAACGAUACCGUAUGACAAAUAAAUACAUCCAAACACAUCACCACGUGUAAUACGCCUGACAUCUGAGGCAUUAGGUCGACUUGUUUUCAGAAACAGGUGAUAAUACCGCCACCUGGCGGACUCUGCAAAAACACAUUUAGCUGUGUGAUACUUGCUGCUCCAACUAAUAUUGCCGCAAAAAUAAAACCUACUAUUUUGUUGAUUAAAACUUGGCAAUAUAAUAAUCUCAAUAGAUGUUUGGUGUCCCUCUAAAAAAUUUUAAUGGUGACAUUUGCAUGUGCUUUGAAUCGAAUUCUAACCCAUUGAGUGUCACAUAAAUCAUUCAUCGCUCGGCAUUUCCUGCCUCUAUUUUUAGAAAGUGGCAAAAAGCAAAUAAGGCAGUCCUACGUCACGAUCUGUCAUGCAUAUUUAAGGACUCUAGUGCUCCUGUUUUCUCUCUCUCUCUCUCUCUCUGAGGCAUGGCCACCCAGCUGCUGCAUCCAUCCCAUCCGCAGACCACGUGACCCGUUUCUCCCGCGCCCUUCAGCAGCGCAUUCAGCAUGAUGGCUGCGGAUGCUGCGGAUGCUCUCUGCUGCAUCCUGCAUCCGCACCAGCUUUCUCUCCUCCUUCUCACCGUCAGCCUCUCCUCUCUGCCGGCCCCGACAGCAGCACUGCUUGGCGUCCGACCGGAAGACACCCUGAAGGGAGAGCUGUCCGUGCAGGACGGGGUACUGAGGGCGACGGAGGGGACCCGCUUCAUUCUGAGGGUUUACUACUCCGCAUUUCCUGCGACGGACCAUCGCAAUAGCCGGAACAUCAGCGGCAGACCCGACGCCGCUCCUGCUGCUCCGUGGAUCGCGUUCAUAGAGGAACCAGGUGGGGGGAGCGGGGACACAGCGAAGCGGCUCCAGUCCGCAGCGAAUCCCUGCCAAGAGGAGAACGCCCGGAGUUCUGACAUCGAGCUGCUGGGCUCUUUCACAUCUUCCUCAAGCCACAACUCAGUUCUGGUGGAACUGCUCGCGAAAGACCUGCGCAGGGGCGAGUUGAUCAAAUACUACUCCAUGUGCGCGUUCGAUGGAGCGAAAUGGGAGCAUUUUGGCACCAAAGACUUCUGGUUGGCGGUGGUGGAGAGACCUCCGGGGGCAGAUGUUUGGCUCCAGGCAGGUGUCUCAGUCCUCUUGUUAGGGCUGUCUGCGCUCUGCAGCGGUCUGAAUAUAAGCAUGCUGGCUCUGGACCCCGUGGAGCUGCGGGUCCUGCAAAACAGUGGCACAGACAAGGAGCAGAAAUACGCGCGGAAGAUAGAGUCGGUGCGUAAACACGGAAACUACAUCCUUUGCACUGUGGUGCUUGGAAACGUGCUUACAAAUACUUGCUUUGUGGUGUGGAUGUGUCAGAUUUUAGGAAUGACUGCUCUGUCAACAGCCUCUUGUACCUUGGGGAUAUUCUUCAUCGGCGAGAUUUUACCUCACUCGCUGGCGUCCAGGCACAGUCUCGCGAUCGCCUCCAAGACGCUGUGCGCGACCCGCCUGCUGAUGCUGGUUUUUUUCCCCAUCGCCUACCCGGUCUCAAAAAUUCUUGACCUCCUGCUGCACCAAGAGAUCAGCAGCUUCUACACCAGGGAGAAGUUGGUGGCCAUGCUGCGCGUCACAGAUCCGUACCACGACCUGGUCAAAGAGGAGCUCAACAUCAUCCAGGGAGCGCUGGAGCUGAGGACUAAGACCGUGGAGGACGUGCUGACCCCGCUGUCGGACUGCUACAUGGUGUCCUCGGACGCCACGCUGGAUUUCUGCACCAUGUCGGACGUGAUGCAGAGCGGUUUCACCCGGAUUCCAGUCUUCGAGAACGAGAGGUCCAACAUCGUGGACAUACUGUUUGUCAAAGACUUGGCCUUCGUCGAUCCAGACGACUGCACUCCCCUAAAAACAAUCACUCAGUUUUACAAGCACCCCAUGCACUGCGUCUUCAAUGACACCAAGCUGGACGUGAUGCUGGAGGAAUUUAAGAGAGGCAAGUCCCACCUGGCCGUGGUGCAGAGGGUGAACAGCGAAGGUGAGGGGGACCCCUUCUAUGAAGUGAUGGGCAUCGUCACGCUGGAGGACGUCAUAGAAGAGAUCAUCAAGUCGGAGAUCGUGGAUGAGACGGAUCUGUAUACGGAUAAUCGGAACAAAAGACGCGUGUCCAACCACGAGAAGAAACUGCAGGAUUUUUCUAUCUUCAAACUGGCAGAGAAUGAGAUGAAUGUGAAGAUUUCGCCCCAGUUGCUGCUGGCAACGCACCGCUUCUUGGCAACAGAAGUGGAGCCUUUCAGGCUGUGCCACCUGUCGGAGAAGAUCUUGCUGCAUCUUAUCAAACAUCCCAGUGUUGUGCAGGACCUCAAGUUCAACCCCAAGAACAAACACGCUCCUCAACACUACCUCUUCCAGAGACACAAACCUGUGGACUUCUUUGUCCUCAUUCUGCAGGGACGGGUGGAGGUAGAGAUAGGAAAAGAGGCUCUCCGCUUCGAAAACGGAGCGUUUUCCUAUUACGGCAUGCCAGCACUCAUCUCGCCCUUGCCUAUUGGACCGAGGUAUGGUUCCCGGAGCAGUGGCCUCAACCGAUCAGAUUCCUUCCUGAGUGGCAGCGUGGGACAGCUCCCUACAGGAGGAGGGGUCUACUUACCGGACUACUCUGUCCGACAGCUCACAGACCUGCAGAUCAUUAAGAUCACCAGGAACCACUACCAGAACGCCCUCCUGGCCAGCAGGAUGGACAGCUCCCCUCAGACACCGGACCCGUUGGAUCUUGAUGCUAAAGGGAGGCGCGCCGUGCCGGAGGUCCGCUCACACAGCAUCGCUCUCCCCCUCACGCACACUCGUCUGGGGCUGGCACGCCUCGCACACCUGCAUCCCCACGGUGGCCUUCGCAACACCUCCAAGCUCAAUAAAAGAAACCGGAUCGUCCGAAGUAAAUCCGACGGGCAGAGGAGUCCAAAUGAUACGGUGUUCUUCUGUAUGGAUGAGAUUCCCUACAUCCACGAGGACCCGCCAGAAGAUUAUGGGGAGAAUGAUGUGCCUACGGACUCCCAACCCUCCACCUCCCCCUUCAUCAGCUCCCCGUCCAGCUCGGAGGAGAACAUCGGGAAGAAACUGUUGCACAAAUUGAGCAACAAGAUGAGGAAAAAGUCUCGGGACGGAGAGAAGAGUUUGGAGGAAGGUUCAGAGCAACCACCAGUGACGAGCUAGCAAAGUGACACCGGGGAGGAGGGAUGAAGCUUCUUACUCUUCAUCACCCCCUGGUUCUCCUUAUUAGGCAACCAACCCCUCGUAGACGCCCUCCAUGCUGUGGCUCGGCGCUCACAAGAGACUCAGCCAUGUCAUGUGAUGUGGCCACCGGUCACACUCAGGUCCCCACUGGCCCCCCGUCCCACCUCUUGCCUGACCUCACACCCUUAAAGUCACCGCUGAUUCAAGAAGCGGGACGCGUACGAAAGAAAAACUUGAUUGGAGGAAUUCAAACGACACAGUCUUGGAUUCAUCCAGCCUUACACUGGACUGCAUGGAGGUUCGGUUUUAAUCUCGUGUUUUUGUAAGCAGGGGAACUUCAUAUGUAAUGUUAUCUCAUUUAAGCCACCUGGACUCGACCACAUCUCUCAACACGGAAGGUCAUUUCUGUGCAAGAUUUCAGGUUUUACUAGACCAACCGGUAUGUUAUUAUUAUAACAGUUUUUUAUUACUAUUGUUUUAUCAUGAGGCAGUUCCCACAUAAAAAUAAUGUUAUUUGCACAGGAAAUCGUUCUAAUGUUGCCAUGAGGAUGCCACCUACUGCCAACAGCACCAGACCCACCGGCCAUCGAACAAAAAGACAAGAGCACAAUUUCUACACCAUAUUAUGAAAAAAGCCAUGAGUUAUUUCUCAGCCUGAAUGAGUACUUAUUAUAUGCUGUGACUAAACUUCCAGCAAGUUCAGAGGUGCGCUCCAUUUUGAAAAUACUUUUUUUUAUACAGAAGUGUCAGAAUUACUAAAAGUAAUAGAUAUAAGCAAUAUAAUCUUACAUGACUUUGCUGCCACAUGAAUGCACACAUUCAGUAAACGUAUCGUUCCCACAUUAAUGCAUUUGUCCUACAUGUGGACGUCUCACACUGCAUAUGUAGCUGCACGGGCAGUUUUUGUGCUCAUGUAAAACAAACACCCUCAAUGAUCUACCUUUUCUCCUGAUGUUACCACCUCUGAAGGAAACCAUUAGCCUCUUGUUUGUCUUCCUCCAGUAGAAAGCGUGCAGGCGAUCCCCCUUCAUGCCGUUUGCUCGCACAUUAGCAACUUUCAUAGGUAAAGUUCAUUUACUAAACCUGCAUACGCCAAUUAAAAGUAAGCUUGUGGUUUUGGGGUCUGGGGACCCAGAAGGAUAUUAAAGAGUGUCCUCGGUGGAAAGAGUAGUUGCAUGUUUGUUUUAUGCUGCUUUUAGUGUAGAGAUAAGCCCUGUAGAAAGACCUGUUUUUUCCAUAUGCAUGCUUAAGUAAAGGAAUGAAGGAGCAGGAAGAUCUGCAGUAACUCCUCCUCACAAAAGUGCAGCGACUGACCUACUGAAAUUUCAAGUGAAUUAAGAUUUUAAAAUGAAUUUAAAGCUUAAUUUGAGAAAAAUCAAUAAGUGCAAUAAACAGCAAAGCAAGGCUGCAGUUUUCCUGUGGGGGCUACAGCAUCUUGCUUACUGAAGAAAACAAUAAAGUAAUUCUUCUAGAAAUGAUCAACUAUCCGAAUAAUAAGAGGAUUAUGGGAUCCACCGUCGCUGCAGGUCAGGUCGGGGAAAAAUCUUGCCAGGUACAUUUCCCAAUAGAACCAGAAGAGAAAGACGUGAAAGAGGAAAGUAAUAUGACGCACACACAGACCACCUACGUCAAACACACACGCACACACACACACACACACACACACACACACACACACACACACAUUGACGUACCUCGUUCUGCUUGGUGAGUCCAUGUAAGUACAAAGGACUCUGUACUCAGCAAUUCGCUUUGACCCCUCUAUGUACAAGGAACGUGCAACGGGAAGGCAAACAGGAUCAUCAUAAAGUCUCUCAGCUGAAGGCUUUAAAUGGUUUUGCAGUUGGUUAACAUAUUUAUAUUAUAUAUAAUAUAUAUAUAUAUAUAUUUAUUUAUUUAUUUAUUUAUUUAGGGUAUGUAUAUUUAUGUGCGCUAAUAAAAAGAAGCAAACUUGCCAUUUGUAAUGUAAAAUUUAGAUUAUACAAUAUAUAUCUAUGUCUAUUUUACCCAAAGAUAUCAAGAGAGAGAUCACGUUCUACAGAAGGAUUUACCUAAUUCUUAAUAAAUCGACUGAACUAAUUAUA